AUGAGCAGUGAACUCCACGUGCUUGGGGAAGGAGAGGGAAGGGAAACGUUCUUCGUGAACUACGUUGUGAAAAUGGUGUCUUUUAUUUGCAAUGCGUGUGGACAAACCGUCAGGAAAGCUCAGGUGGAAAAACAUUAUCAAAACGAGUGCCAUGAUUGUAAUGUUUUGUCCUGUAUAGAUUGUGGAAAGGACUUUCAUGGUGACGAGUAUACUGGCCAUACUUCUUGCAUCUCGGAGGCAGAGAAGUAUCAAGGAAAAUUGUAUAGACCAAAAGAUAAGCAGAACAAAGGCGAACACAAGCAGCAGGAAUGGCUUAAGGUGAUAAAAAGCUAUAGAACUUUGGUCAUUAAAUAAGGAAGCCAAAUUUGCAUUGUAGUUUUUAAGGCAGAAGCGUCGCGCCACUUUUUUUUCUCGAAUUUCGCAGGGGAGCGCGCUCCCUUUGGUCACACAUGCGAUCCAAAUAGAGAUGACGGGGGACGAGUCAGGGGAAUCAGGCACAAAUCACUCGAGGAUCCCAUACAGACAUGUAUUUCAAUGUGUUUACGAGGUUAAUGCUGUAUUACAUUUAACAAAAACUGAUCAUCCAAACUGUGUCUAAUAUUUCCUUGAAUUGAGCUGUAGAGAAAACUUUCUAUUAAAUACAAACAUUGAAGGGAACUCUUUCAAUGUGAUCAUGUAAUACCCAUUGCUUUCAAUGGGCCAUUCCUGAGUUCUUGAGACUCUCACUCUCAAAAUGAGUCUAAUUGCAAAACCUUUGUUGUGAAAGUGAGUUUUAUUUGCAUGAGAAUAAAAAAAUAUCUUUAUGUCAAUGGCUUUGCACUUAGCCUUGCUAUGAAACAGAGGCUUAAGGCAACUCAGAAAUAGGGUAUUCACAAAUUAUAUAAUUUAUUAUUUAUGUACCACUUUCACUGCAGUAUGUUCUACGUCCCUGCAGGGCUCAACGUUGCGAACUGUGGGGUCGCCAAUGCGACCAACUUUUACACAGUGGCGACUAAAUUUUCACGCUUGGUGCCAACCUAGCCCCCAAGAUAGCUGACUUAAUUUCUUCUCUGGGAAAACAUACACUAAUGAUAAUCUAUUAUCCUUCACAAAACUAACAGAUAGCCAACAGUUUUUCUAAUGCUCUAAUGUUUUUCCCAAAUGCUCUAAUGGUUUGUCCAAACCCUGUAAUGAUUUGUCUAAACGCUUUAAAGAUUUCUUCUAACAAUCUAACGGAUUGUUCUUAAGAUCUAAUGGUUGGUCCGUCUAACAUUUGACUUUUACCUGAAAGAGGAUUGUGAAAAUCACUAGCGAUGAAUUCGAUGGAAGUCUUAUUGACUUUCGGGCAAAUCAAUCAAUUCUGAACAGGUCGUCCUGUGUUUCUCUGGGAAUGACUUCUAGUGCAUUGAUCAAAAACAAUUUCUUUACGUCGAACAUGUAUCUCGAAUGCGGACUCGAUAACAGAAUCGAGAACGAAUGGCGCUUUCUUCUGAAGCUUCUUGUAAACAACUUUAUGCAAAUUUCUGUUGAGCAUGCGACCCAAAUAAAAGCUCUGCCAUAUUUUAUUGACUUCUAAUGAAGUACCGUUGAAGUCAUGCUGUUUGUCGAACAGACUUGUCACGAAAUCAACUUCUUUGUGCGAAAACAUUAGCGACAUUUCCUCUUUCUGGAGACUUUCGAUCAUGUGCUAGGCAACGAAAUAGAUCAAGUUUUACCGAUGUUCAUUUCUGAACAUGCAAAUACAUGGGACGCAAAACAAAUGUUUGCAGAUUUUGUUCUUUAACAACCCAAAUAAUUUUUCUUUGUGAUUCCUAUUUAGUCUGUUUUUCUAAAUGCGUAUUCCAUUUCUUGAACCUUAAGCUUGAAUACCUGUUUGGGUAGAUUUAUGCUUGAGUGCAGGCUAAUUUUCCCGAACACUGGUUGGUAAUCGAGCCUCGAGCAAAAACCGUUCAUAAAGCAUUCCUUUUCUGUUAAGGCUAAGUAAAAUAUGUUAAGUUUAUUGUAUCCCAUUAAUUCUUAAAUAUAAUUUUUGGUGACUAGAAUACUUGUUCUGGCGACCAAAAAUGAAAACUUGGGGGCCAGCUGGCCCUGAGAUUUUUUUCCGAAAGUUGAGCACUGCCCUGUAAUGAUGACUUAACUUAGGACACCUAAUGAUCACCUCAUAGAGGAUGAUUAUAAACAAGUUACUCAGUCUGAACAGGGAAAAAUAAUUUAUGCAUGUAGUUCUUCAUUAUACAGUACACUGUAAAGAUAUGCCUGGUCACUUCAGACAGUAUACAUGUAUUUCAAGGACUUGUGAUUUGUGUGUUUGCAGCAAAUCAGAGAGGCAACGAAAACAGAUGUAGUUGAACCUCGACUUGCUGCCUUGCUAGACAGAAUCAGUGAAUAUUCUAAUAUUCCAAGAAAGAAAGCCAAAUUCCAAGUAAGUGUCAAUGUGACUGACGUUGGUGCUCAAAAUGGAGCCCGACAGAUUUCUCUGGACUUGACAGGGUUGAAUGGCAUUCCUAUCUUUUUUAACUAA